AAAUAAACAAAGUCUCCCUAAAUUUAUCACAAUCCAGAUAAACACAAUAAUAUACAUUUCCCUAAAUAUAUAUCAAACCAGAUGUUCACGCAACAAACCUGUUUACGGCAUCAAAUUUAUGUCAGUUGGACGUCUCUUCACAAUCAAGCCAUGCAAUAGAUCUCUGAGUAUGGUUAAAUCCCGCUCUCCCUCACCAAUUAAUCAGAUUUUAUUAUUUUGUUGCAGAAUCCUUGUUAAUCCAUUACUUUGGGUUCUCCUAUUUUGUUCAGCCCUGCUCCAGUUUGGAAGAAAACAACAAAUGCAAAUGGCCAUGAUGGACACAUACUUCAUUUCCCAUGGCUCACCCACUUUGGCUAUAGAGGACAUUCCUGCAAGGCAGUUUUUGCUGAAUUGGGAAAAAGAACUACCACACAAGCCUAAGGCCAUAUUGGUUAUUUCUGCUCAUUGGGAUACUUCUUUGCCCUCUGUCAAUAUUGUCCCCAGAAACAGCACAAUUCAUGAUUUCUAUGGCUUCCCCGAAGAAAUGUAUAAGCUUCAAUACAAUGCUCCUGGAGCUCCUGAUCUGGCAAAACGAGUGAAGGAGUUGUUGAUUAAUUCAGGAUUCAAGACUAUCAAAGAGGACCCAAGUAGAGGACUAGACCAUGGUGCCUGGGUACCCCUCUCUUUAAUGUAUCCCACAGCUGACAUACCUGUUUGUCAGCUAUCUGUCCAGUCAAGGCAAAAUGGUGAGUACCAUUACAGGAUGGGGCAGGCCUUGGCACCCUUGAAAUCAGAUGGUGUUUUGAUUAUUGGAUCAGGCAGUGCCACUCACAAUCUCAGAGCUCUGGACUUUCGUAAUCCUAUCCAGCCUGCCCCUUGGGCUGAAGCAUUUGACAGCUGGCUCAUGGAAGCUCUAGUCAGUGGCAGGCAUGAUGAGGUUAAUCGAUUUCAAGAGAAAGCUCCGAAUGCAAGAAUGGCUCAUCCAUAUCCAGACCAUUUUUAUCCACUCAAUGUUGCCCUUGGAGCAGCUGGCGAGGGAGCUAAAGCUGAACUCCUCCACAAUAGUUGGAGCCUUGGCACACUUUCAUAUUCUUCAUAUGCUUUCAGGUCUACAAAUUAAUGGGUUUAAAUUGAUGUGUGUCAUGUGGGUGUCAAUAAUGGUGUUUCUUUCGAUUUAACUAUCUAUUUGCAGCAUGUAUGGUGGUGUUAGUGCAAUAUAACUCAAAAAUCUAAAUGUAUUGUACUUCAUCAAGCCCUGCUCAGUGUCACUGUAAUCUUUGAAAUGGAGUUUUGUAAUCCGGACAUGCUUUACAUAAAUAAGGAUUCUUUUGACCAUUUUAGUA